CAUUACUUGAUUCAAUCUGCGACGGCAUCGCGCUGUUGCACGGGCUUGCAGCAACAGUUGCGAAGAGAAUAUUAUAACGUAAACAGUUGUAAUUUGUUUUAGCAUGGAUUCGACAUCUUACAUCACCUUUAUGGUGACGAAGGAAAGUAUCCCCGCUACAGACAUAGCCACCAUUCUCAACAUGGUGGACAUUGAAGAGCUAGAAAUGUUGAUUUACGACUUUUUGCACCCGACCCGAAAGAACAUGAUCGUGUAUAAUUAUUUGAUCACGGAGUACAACGUCAAAAUUAUAAAACACGAGAUGUACAAUUUGUUCAUCUUUAAAAAGGAUAUGUUGCACGGUGUCCAGAACUUGGCGAUGCUACUGCAGAACGCGGCGAGGUUGUCCAACAAACCGGUGAACAUCGUCCGCGUCAUACGGCAGGAUACUAUAGGGCCUGAAGAAGACUUCGAGCAUGAAACCACUGAUUAAACUCCCUCUGUUGUAUAUGUGUACUAAUUUGCAUCUGUAUUUCACGUUACGUAUCGUCAUAAUGUAUUAUUUAUUGAAUGUUGGCGUUUAGAUUAAAUAUAUUGUAGUGUUGAGCUGUGCUUACGCUAAGCGUUAUGUUUUGAGUAUAAUAGCCCUGGCGCGGCGAAUAUGUAACUGUUACUUCAUUAUAUGUUGCGAAAGUUUUCAUUAUUUGUCACUCACAAAUAAAGGAAUAUUUAUUUUUCUUUUAUUUCUUCCCAAA